CCCGACCCGAACAAGGGAAGAAGAGAAGAGGAGAGUAGUGGCAAACUAGGCUAGUACUCCUGCUGCUCGCCUUGUUGUUUGCGUUAUUGUUUGUUUGCGUGCGGCGGCAAGGCAACGCGAAAAAAGAUUUGUUUUUUUCUAUUAAUAUUAUUUUGGAGGGCCAGGGGCGGUUCUCGUCUCUUGUUUGCUUGCAGUGCGGGGGAAGAAGGAGAUGAAGCCCCUGGCCAGGGUUCCCCGCCUCUCUCUCUCUUCUCCAACUAGUUAAGCUAAGCUAAUGUCCAUUUCCAUCUCCAUGUCCUUGCUUCUUUUCUUUGGAAUCGCUGCCUUACGCUCACCGAGAAGCAACUUGCAUUUUCAGCAAGCAACCAUUUCUUUCAUAUAAGCAAACCCCAAUCCAAUCCAAUCCCAACCCCAACCACCUCUGCUCUGCUUCCUUUCCCUCCCUGUUACUACUGCAUUUUGCCAUUAAUCUUCUCUCUCCCUUUCCACCUCCUGCAACCUCUUCAUUUCUUUGCUGCUGCUGCUUCAGGAAGUUGAUGAAAGGGGCCAAAAGUUUGAGAGAUUGAGGCGGUGAAGAAACCACAAAAACAGGAAUCCCAAAGUGACCCAAGGCAGGAAAAAAAAAAGGGCUCUUCCAUUGCACCUAUGGUGAUAGCUUCUGGAGCCAUUGACAGGAGGCACCUGUCGCCAUUCACCCCAACUUCAGACGACUCCUCAUCUUCAUUCUUCUCUCAGGACCUUGUCCCUACAGAGAGGCAAGUUGGAUUUUGGAAUUCAGAGUCAAUGGUGGAUCACAAAGGGAGCAAGUCAGUUUUUGCUUCUCCACUUGAAAAGAUCCAACCCAAUGGAGCAAAUCAUGCAGGAGAUCCGGAAACUCCAGGAGGUCAAGCCUUCAAGGGCCUGGACAUCCUUAGCCUCAGCAAUUUGAUGCGGCAAGAAAAUGCUUCAGGUUCACCGUCACUUUCUUGGGGUGAGAUCCUCACAAACCCCAUAUCGAGGCUUGGCUUGUCUACAAGAGAAACAGCUUUUGUUGAACCAACUACUGCUGAUCAACAUGUGCCUGGUUAUGGGAAGGGACUUUCAUCCAGCUCCCUCUCUGAAGUAUUCAGUGGCAAAUCGAGAGAAAUAGUAAGUGGUGUUCUUUGUCAAUCUACUGGGACACAUACCUCCAUCUACGACAGUGAUGAACCUCUAGAGUCCAUGGAAGCGAUAGAAGCUCAAACUAUUGGAGAUCUCCUUCCUGAUGAUGAUGAUGAUUUAAUAUCAGGUAUUGCCGAUGGAUUUGAAUUUACUGGCAUGUCGACCAACCAGGAUGAUGCCGAUGAAGAUAUAUUCUGCACUGGAGGAGGAAUGGAACUUGAAAACAAUGAUUCCGUAAAAGGUGACAAAGUUCAGGAUGGAUCCUUCAAGAGCCAAAUUUCUUCAGGACACUCCAUCAAUAAACAACCUUCCCGAACUCUUGUAGUCAGAAAUAUUACUGCUAACAUCGAGGAUUCUGAUCUGACGGUUCUGUUUCAGCAAUACGGGGACAUUCGCAUGCUCUAUACCUCCUUCAAGCACCAUGGGUUUGUAACUGUUUCUUAUUAUGACAUAAGAGCAGCCCAAAAUGCAAUGAGAGCGCUGCAUAGCAAGCCUCUGGGGCUGAUGAAACUUGAUGUGCAAUUUUCUUUUCCUAAGGAAAAUGUUCCAGGCAAGGAUAUUGAUAAGGGAAUGUUGGUGGUAUCUAACAUUGAUUCUUCCAUCUCCAAUGAUGAUCUUCUCCAAAUGCUCAGUGUUUAUGGUGAUGUAAAGGAGAUUUCCAGCUCUCCUAUAAGCUGCACCAAGAAGUUUGUAGAGUUCUAUGAUGUUAGAGCAGCAGAAGAAGCACUACAUGACCUUAAUAAGGGUGGAAUUUCAGGCCCAAAGUUCAAGGUUGAACUUAGCCAACAUGGAGAGGCAGGAUCUUGCUUGAGGCAGCAACAUUCUAGAGAAUGGAAGCAAGACAGUUUGCCUCACCAACCUAAAAACUCUUCACCUGGGACCAUUGGAAAGUUGGGCACCAAAUGUCAGGACAACAGCACUGUUCAUAAUUUAUUUUCUCCAGUUAACCAACAAUUGGAGAGCCCAACCCAGUGCAUCUCUACGACUGGUCCUCAAAUUUUAUCUUCACCUAUCAGAAUUAAAUCUACACUUCAGCACAAUAAUCAAGCCUCUGUUGGCGAUCUUAGUGGACCUCUUGGUCAAGGAAACUUUGGACGUGGAAUACAAACCCUCCACCCACGCUCAUUGCCAGAGCAUCACAACCGCAUUUGUAAUAACUCUAAGUCCAUGACAGUAAGUGGUAGGAAUGCUAGCUCUAGACAAGACGGAGUGGAUCACAAUAUCCAAAAAGUGGGCCCUGCUGGUUUUUGCGGUCAUUCUUUUGAUCAAAAUAAUGAAGCAUUUGGCUUUACUGAAAUUGGAAGUUGCCCCCUUCAUGGAUAUCACUACACCUGGAACCACACAAAUGUUUUUCCACAAAGUCCCUCAGCUCCAAUACUGUGGUCGAACUUGCAGCACCCAAUGCACGUGCAUAGUUAUCCUGGUGUGCCGCCUCACAUGCUGAACACAGGUUCUUAUCCCAUGGACCAGCAUCACUUGGGUUCAGCUCCUGACAAUGGAGGCAGUUUUGGAAAUGUGCACUCUUUUCAUCCAGGAUCUCUCGGAAGCAUAGGUUUGCAUGGUAGCCCUCAGUUAUAUCCAUCAGAAUUAUCUGCCUUUGCAUCCAGCAGAGGAAAUUUUAGGGAGGCCUUGUUCUCCCCAGUUGGCGGUGGAUUUCAAUCCCUUCAGCAAAUGUGCAAUGCAAUCAAUGGUCGGAAUCCUAUGAUCCAUGUUUCCACUUCAUACGAUGCUACUAAUGAUCGGAUGAGGAGUCGCAGACAUGAUGGAAAUCCUGCACAGUCUGAAAACAAACGGCAAUUUGAGCUUGACAUUGAUCGCAUAGCAAAGGGUGAAGAUUCACGCACCACCCUGAUGAUCAAGAACAUACCAAACAAGUACAACUGUAAGCUGCUUUUGGCUGUCAUUGAUGAGAACCACCGUGGAACCUACGAUUUCAUCUAUCUCCCAAUUGAUUUUAAGAACAAAUGUAAUGUGGGGUAUGCUUUUAUCAAUAUGACUGAUCCGCAGCACAUAAUCCCAUUCUAUAAGACAUUUAAUGGCAAGAAAUGGGAGAAAUUCAAUAGUGAAAAGGUGGCGUCGCUCGCAUACGCCCGGAUUCAAGGAAGGAGUGCUUUGAUUGCUCAUUUUCAGAAUUCUAGCCUGAUGAAUGAAGACAAAUGGUGUCGACCUAUGCUUUUCCACAAAGAUGGUCCAAAUGCAGGAGAUCAGGAGCCUUUUCCUGUGGGGAACAAUGUCCGGUCUAGGGCUGGGAGAAAUAGGUCGCUCAUCAGCUUGGACACUAAAGAUGCAAGUCCAUCAAGCUCCCCAGACCAAGAAAGCAAUUCUGUCGGCACCGCGAACUCAACUUGCCGUACGACCUUGGAGCAAACCUAAUCACUAACUGGAGGGCACAAGAAGCUGUAAUGAUAAACUAGGGAAUUCCCAGUUUUGCUAAGUAUUUAUUUGACUAUCAGGGAGCCAAAGUUUGUGACCUGUGAGUGUAAUGAUGAAUGAAAGGCUCUGCCAGGCAAGGCAUCACCUCCACUAAAAUUAUGAGAGGGAUCAUCAGUUUUGCCCUGUGUAUGGAUGGAGCUGUGAACUGGUUGGUAUUGUAACGGUACUACUACUUCAGUAGAGCAACAAGUGUGUGCGUGUGAAUGUGAUUGACUCUCUGAGAGAUGAGAACUGGAAGCUGUACAGUUGAUGAGUUGAGUAGUCGAGUCUUUGGUUGAGAUUGACCACCGAAAGUACAUUCAUUCUCUUCUCA